UCAGAGGUUCAUCACUGCCUCGACUGCCUUCAUCUCCUCUUUCUCCUCUUUCUCCUCUUUCUCCUCUUGCUCCUCUUGACGAUCCUUGUGACGACCUUACACGACCUAUAUACCCCCCUUCUUCCAAUAGCGACAGAAGUAGAAGAGACGAAAGAAACGAAUCAACAGAGACAGAUCAGAGCCCUCACACACCUGGCACCCUGGACCAGAGGCCGGCCAUGUCGACCAGCACGCAACCGCGGACCUCGUCGGGCCACGCUCGUCACAACUCCUCGUCGGGCGGCUCCUCGAGCGGAGGUUCGUUUGCUGCGCCCGUCCCACCCUCGCCCUCUUCGGUCACGGCGGGCUUCUCCCCGGGCGGACAGGUGCCCAGCGGCUAUUCGUACCUCCACCGCUCCCACUCGCUGCUGACGCCCACGAGGCGCAAUGUCCCCAGCGGACUUGGAAAGGGCGAGAAGGAGGCCAUGGCUAGCGUCAAGGUCAGCAACAGCAGCAGCAACAGCAAUAGCAUCAAUAUUGCGAAGCCCGAUAUCGCGGCCGAGACACAGUCGUGGCAGUCGGCUCCCCCUCCUGCGCCGCCGCAGCGGCUUCAGAGGAGCUUGACUACCUCGUCGUCAUCGUCGUCGGUCGUCUCGCUCUCCUCGCCAGAGCCCGAGAUGCGCAAGCUGAGCGAGCAAGAGACUGUGGCCGCCCUCGUGGCCAAGCUGCCGGCCAAUCCAAAGGCAUGGACGCCCUCGCAGGUGGCCCUCUACCUCACCCACGUCCUUGGUCUCACCCCGCGACCGAUCGUCGAGGAUGUCACGGCAUACGUCCGGCGGGCGCACAUGGGCGGCCGCGUCUUCCUGCGCCUCAAGGCGUCGGAUCUCGAGGAGGAAGGACUCAACACAAAGUGGCGUAGGCUCAUGAUCGAAGCCGUCAAGAAGCUUCGCCGCGACUGCCUUCGUGGUCGUAUCUGGGGCCACGAGGGUGGCAUGCAGUGGCCCCGGCAGGACGAUGUCGAGGAGCAGGACGAGGCCGAGAACGAGGCUGAUGGCAAGGCGCUCGACGACAGCAAGAGGACUGGCCCCGCCUAUGCCAAGGGCACGCUCAAGCGCCUCCGCGACAAGAAGCAGGUCAGGGGCAUGAUUCGCUCCUUUGAGUCGGCCGCCGACCUUGCCCAGGACGAAGGCGCAGCCGGCACCCCUCGCUCGCCAAUCAUCGUCAGGCGCGAGUCGGUCGACUCGCUGGCCUCCUCGCAGGCCACCUCGUCUUCUCCCCGCGAACCCAUGGCGCCCAUCUACGGCGAGGGCUACGUCAAGCAGCGAGCCGAGAGCUUCACGAGCCUGUCGGAGAUGUCGGGCGACGAGGCGAGCCGCAAGAAGCGGCACUUUGAGAUGGCCGAGCUCGAGCACUGGUUUGGCAGCUUGAGCGAGCAGGAGGCUGCCUCGCUCGUCAGUGAGCUUGAAGACGACGACCUCAACUUCGACGAUGACGACGAACAUAGAGACACGGUCAAGGCCGAGCAUGAGCACCAGCGCAGCUCUUCGUCGCACUCGGGCACGGGCACGGGCGAGAGUGCACCGGGCACGCCACCUCCUCACAGCCCACUCGGCUUCACCCCCUUGGACGCUAGCCUGGUGCAGUCCAUCAUCGGUGGCGCUGACCCCAGCGAGUCUGGCGGUGAGGGUGCUGUGACAAAGAAGGACGAUGAUGACCGUGCCACUUUCGGCCUUGGUCUCGGCCUGGCCAUGGUUCCCCCUCCUCGUCGCAUGGAUGUGGAAUUGGAUGACGAGACCGAGGCCGAGGCUGCGGCGCGCCGGAACGCACACCUUCGUCCGGGCCGCUCCAACGGCGGCAAGUCGAACCCGUACAGGAGCUCGACGUACGACGUAGAGGAGCGCGAAGCACUCGGCAUCGGCGCAGACGACGACGAGGACAUCAAGUACGGCACGGCCCGCAAGAUCGUUGCCAAGCCCGACGACGACGACUCGGGCCUGCUGGCCGACAACGAGAUGGAUGUGCCGGCUGCCAAGGGAAGCGUCCGUAUUCGCAACCCGGCGCCCGGCCGAGAGGACUCCAGAAGCCUCUUUGCAUCGGAUGCCACUCGAGCGAGUGUGGUUCCUCAAGCCGAAGCGAAGGCUGAGUCAAGCCAGCCAAGCCACAUGAGCCACAUGAGCCACAUGAGCCACAUGAGCGCUCAUGAGGCGUCUGGCGUGGCACCCUACAAGCCACUGAGCCCCGGCGUGUCUCGCCGCACGUCGGUCAAGAGACAGGAAGAGGCUGCCGCCGCCGCCGAGGAGAGCUACGACGCCAUUCCGCCCUCUUCGCUGGCCAGCAUGGCCACCGAGAUGAGCAAGGCGGGUACCUUUGGGCGCAAGGCAGGCAGCAGACGCAGCGGUCAGCUCAAGCAGCUCGUCGCUCUCCACUCGGCGACGCACGAAGACGACGGCAAGACACACGCCUCUGUUGCCGCCGAGGAUGAGGGCAAGUGGGGCGGCACGCUCAGUCGCAAGAAUUCCCGCCGUGGCAACCCAGUCGCGCUUCAGCUGCAGGAGAGUUUCACCCCUCCCGCUGCUGCUGCAUCAUCCUCAUCAGCAUCCUCAUCAUCACAGCCUCCGCCACCGCCGCCGCAGCGCGACAACCUGAGGCAACGCAUGAUGGACCUCUUCAGUCCCAUCGAAGACGAGAAGCCCACUGAGGCGGCCAAGGAAGAUUGCGGCGCCGAGCUCAGCGCCGAGAACUUGCAGGCGCUGGACGAGCUGCUCAAGCAGGGUCAGGGAGAAAAGGCACAGGAACAGCUGCCUGCUGAAGGCCAGACGACAGAAGGUGACGGCAACGUAGAGAUGCUCUCGGUGCCCCUGACGACACUGGCGCCCUCGCCCGACGGAAAGGGCUCAAUCAAGAAGACGAGCAUGGUCCUUGUCGAGCGCAAGCGCUUCGAGUCCCUCGCUCGCCGCAUGGGUGUCCUGGAAGACCAGCUGUCCCAGCUCGAUGCCCUGACCGAGUCCGGCUCUGCGCUCGGCAUGGGCUCCUUAGCCUCUUCUUCUGCUGGCGAAAAGAACCACGAGAGGAGGAGGACGGCGCUGGAGGAGGUCUUUACGAUCCCACAGCAUGCAGGUCAGGUCUCGAAAGACGAGGAGCGCGAGACUAAGCCGUCAGCGACGCAGGGGGACGAGAGCGACGAUGAAGACGUGCAGUCGUGGGGCUUCAACUUUGGCCGGCCUCUCAAGCUGGGUGCUAUCCCCAGUUACGGUGCGUCUGCUGCUGCCCUCUUUCUUUCUCUGAGGCUUGUGUGCCUUGACUGACCUUUUGCCUUUUCGCUCGCAAAGCAGCUCUCGGUCUGGCCGCUGGUGCCGGCUUCGUGCUCCUCUCUGAGGUCCUUGGAAGGGGCCGCCACUGAUCCAGCUCAGUCGGACGGCCCUUUCUUAUUCUCUUCUCCAUACAUUCUUAUAGGUUCUUCUCGAAAUGGGUUCUCUUUCUGCGUCACGCCCAACUGUUCACGACCACUUAACGACCCCUUGACGACGCC